AACAAAACAAAUCACACAUGUCAACAAAAGUGAUAAUCAAGAAAUAAAAAUUCAGAAUCUAACUUGUUUUACCAAAAAAAGGAAAAAUAAAUAUAUAAUAAAUAAUUUAAUUAUAAAAUUAAAAUGAAAUCCGUUGUCAACUCUAUACUCUUCGAUGUGUCAAAAAAUGAAAUAUUUAAAAUAAACGAAAAUUAUAAGUUGCUCCAUAGGAAAUUAAAAACAACCUGGAAGGUCAUGAUUAACCGCGAUGAGCUCUCAUCAAAUAUCCUUCAAGACGUCAAAAUCCUCGUGGUAGCAGGACCACAGAACGUGUUCACAGACGAUGAACUAGCAUGCUUGAAGAAUAUGGUCGAGAGAGGCGACUCCGUACUGGUCGCCAUGACUGAUGGUGGCGAGGAGCGAAUGAAUACUAAUAUAAACUUCUUUUUGGAGGAAUAUGGUAUUGUUGUUAAUAAUGAUUGCGUCGUUCGUGCUAAAUACCACAAAUUUUACCACCCUAAAGAGUGUCACAUAUCCAAUGGGAUCUUAAACCGUGCCGUUAUGAAAUACAUAAUGAAGAUGCCCAAUUACUCUAGCGAAUCGGAUGAUUACCUUGAAGACCCAGCGACACCGAACUUUGUGUAUCCGUACGGUGCCACCCUAACAGUGAACAAGCCCGCCGCAGCCAUUCUAUCCAGCAGUGACGUGUGCUACCCGGUCAAGAGGCCUGUGGCAGCGCUGUACACCUCCGAGAAGAGUGGAGGUAAACUAUUCGUUAUUGGUUCUGGACAUUUCUUCGCCGACCAAUACUUAGAAUGCGAGUGCAAUGACCUGAUCCGUGAGAUGAUUUUCAAUAACCUCGGCGGAGUCACGGAUCUGCAUCUGAAUCCUGUCGAUGUGGAAGAUCCUGAUACCAACGAGUACCGCACACUCGGUGACAUGAUGUGGCUGAGCAGCGUACCACUCCCGGAGCCAGCGACCGCACCGCCCCCUAGACUCACGCCUUUGCAUCCCCAUGCGCUGUUCACCUGGAAAUUGUUCUCUCUCAACCUCGCUCAGUUGCCCGAAGUAUUAGGACUGUAUGACGCUCUAGGAGUUAAACAUGAACCACUAAGAUUAAUUGCUCCGCAAUUCGAAACACCUUUCCCGCCUCUGCAGCUUGCGGUAUUUCCACCCACAUUUCGGGAACCACCACCGCCUCCGUUAGAACUGUUCGACCUAGACGAAGCUUUUAGUUCGGAGCGCUCGCAACUCGCCAGACUAGCAAACAAGUGCCUUCAACCAGCAACAUCCAGAAUAGGAGGAGGAGACGGGCGUCAGCUAGAAAACGAGCUGGAAUACUUCGUGCGGGAGUGCGGACGUGUGGUUCGGCUUUCGAAGGCAUUGCCUGCUGAAGAUGCACCAGCUGGCAAGAUCAUACUGCAUCAGCUGGCUGUUCAGCUCGCCACAUACAAGAAAAUAGCUCCCAGAGAUUAGUAGAAAUAUAAACAGAACUACUAGGAGAGCAUGACACGAGUAGUGAUCAAAAAUAAGUAAAGACUGAAGUAAGACUUCGCUCAUAUUUUUCUUAUUAUGCACCUCAUCUUGUCUUACGAAAUAGAAUAAAAUCGUAACUAGAUGUUGUCUGUACAUGGAAGAUAUUUAAGAAAAAUUAAUAUAAGGCAUGUAUUAGUAUUAACAAUUUCUGAUAUAAAAUCUGGUGUUUUGUAUCAUCCUGUCUAUUCCAUUGGUCGUCAAUCUUCUAAAAUACACGCGUACAAAGUAGCGGACAAAAACCUAGUAAAUAUAAAGGUAAUUAAUUGAUUUAUUAAUGUAUCAAAUAGUUAAUAGAAAAUUUUAUUAUUAAUACUAAAUAUAUGAAAAAGUUCCUUUCAUUUUUAUUAUUUCUAAACUUGCACCAAUGUAAAAAGUAACGC